GCUUCAUCUGCGGACCAUGGGGUGCUCCCCAGUGCCGGUUCUCCAGGGCGCCGGGCGACGACCGGCUGGAUCGGCUAUGGACCGCCGCUGGGGCUUCCUGAUCGGCCUCCUGAGCGCCGCGUGGCUGCUGCUCCGCUCGGGCCACGACGAGCCGCGGCCCCCGGAGACGGCGGCGCAGAGGUGCUUCUGCCAGGUCAGUGGUUACUUGGAUGAUUGCACCUGUGAUGUUGAAACCAUUGAUAAAUUUAAUAACUACAGGCUUUUCCCAAGACUACAAAAACUUCUUGAAAGUGACUACUUUAGAUAUUACAAGGUAAACCUGAGGAGGCCCUGUCCUUUCUGGAAAGAUAUCAGCCAGUGUGGAAGAAGAGACUGUGCCGUCAAGCCUUGUCAAUCUGAUGAAGUUCCUGAUGGAAUUAAAUCUGCAAGCUACAAGUAUUCUGAAGAAGGCAAUAAUCUCAUUGAAGAAUGUGAACAGGCUGAACGACUUGGAGCUGUGGAUGAGUCUCUGAGUGAGGAAACGCAGAAGGCCGUUCUUCAGUGGACCAAGCAUGAUGAUUCCUCAGACAACUUCUGUGAAGCUGAUGACAUACAGUCUCCUGAUGCUGAGUACGUAGAUUUGCUCCUUAAUCCUGAGCGCUACACGGGUUACAAGGGACCAGAUGCUUGGAGAAUAUGGAAUGUCAUCUAUGAAGAAAACUGUUUUAAGCCACAGACAAUUAAGAGACCUUUAAAUCCUUUGGCUUCCAGUCAAGGGAAAAGUGAAGAGAACACAUUUUACAGCUGGCUAGAAGGUCUCUGUGUAGAAAAAAGAGCCUUCUACAGAUUGAUAUCUGGCCUACAUGCAAGCAUUAAUGUGCACUUGAGCGCACGGUAUCUUCUACAAGAUACCUGGUUAGAACAGAUAUGGGGACACAACGUAACAGAAUUUCAGCAGCGGUUUGAUGGAAUUUUGACUGAGGGAGAAGGUCCAAGAAGACUUAAGAAUUUGUAUUUUCUCUACUUAAUAGAAUUAAAGGCUUUAUCUAAAGUGGUACCAUUCUUUGAGCGCCCAGAUUUUCAACUCUUCACUGGGAAUAAAGUUCAGGAUGCAGAUAACAAAAUAUUACUUCUGGAAAUACUUCAUGAAAUCAAGUCAUUUCCUUUGCAUUUUGAUGAGAAUUCGUUUUUUGCUGGGGAUAAAAAAGAAGCAAACAAACUAAAGGAGGAAUUUCGACUGCAUUUUAGAAAUAUUUCAAGAAUCAUGGAUUGUGUUGGUUGUUUUAAAUGUAGACUGUGGGGAAAGCUUCAGACUCAGGGUUUGGGUACUGCUCUGAAGAUCUUGUUUUCUGAGAAACUGAUAGCAAAUAUGCCAGAAAGUGGGCCCAGUUACGAAUUCCAACUGACCAGACAAGAAAUAGUAUCAUUAUUUAAUGCAUUUGGAAGAAUUUCUACAAGUGUGAAAGAAUUAGAAAACUUCAGGAACUUGUUGCAAAAUGUUCGUUAAAGAAAAUGAGUUGAGAUGUGCCUGUUCUGGACAAUGGAGGUCAAAGGGUAGAAUUUCAUUCAAAGGCAUAACAACGACAGUCUUAAGGCAAAUAUUUUAUAAAGCUGCUUUUGUAAAAGGAGAAUUAUAUUAUUUUAAGUAAACAUUUUUAAAAAUUGUGUUGUCUAUGUAUAAUAUUGUAAAUAAAAGAUACUUUGGUAAUGUGGUACAAAUUUUAAAGUUUAAUAUUGAAUAAAUCAGGAUUAUUAAAUUCAUAUAUGUUAACAGUACCUGAUGUUCUAAGUCUCUCAAACUAGAAUUUUGUGUAAGAUGUAAUAUAAAUAAAACUAUGGCCAAUGUGACAAGUGUUUAAUAGAAAAAUGCUAAGGAGGCUCAUGAAUAACCCAUAAUGAACAGCCUAAAAGUUUUCAAUAUAUUUACACUUUACUGAUUUAGUAAAUAAAAAUACAGAAUGCCCAGUUAUAUUUGAGUUUCAGAUAAACAAAAUUUUUUAAAAAUAUAAGUAUGUUGCAUGCAAUAUUUGGGACAUACUUAAAACAAAAAAUUAUUCCUUAGUUAAAAUUCAAAUUUAACUGGUUAGCUUUGUGUUUUAUCUGGCAACUCCAAAAUAUAUUGAUAUGAAAAAAAGUCACUUUUAGAAUUAUGUUACUAUUUUGAUUGGCUUGGUUUUGUUUGUUGAAAGAUACAAUCAGAACUAAAAGGUAUAGGGGAUUUCUAUGCAUUGUGAAAAGUUGAAAAGAUUUAUACAUUUAUUCUCAUAAUACUUUACCUAAUAUUGAAUAAAUUUAGGAGAAAUCUUUUAUUUUUAUAUAAUUUCAAAUUUACAGGAAAGUUUCUAGGAUAGUACAAAGAACUUUUAUCCAGAUUCAUUGAUUGUUAAUAUUUGCUUUAUCUUUCUUGCUCUCUCUAUAUACACAUACUAUUAUUAACUCAAUCAUUUGAAAGUCAAUGACAGGCCCUUUGAACCCUACAUACCUUAGUUUGUAAUACUGAGUAAUUUAUUAAAAAUGAUUUUUUUCAGGAAAAAAAUCUGGAACUAUAAUGUGAUAAGCCUUAGAAUAAGGAAUCAUUUUGAGUUUGUUUUGUUGCCCUUUUAAUGUUUGAUCUGUAAACUCACAGGGAUGUCAUUUAAUUUAUUUUUUGGUAUUCAUUUCCUUUUUCUCCUUAAAAACUGAACUGUAAUUUUUGGAGGUUUUAUUAGUGAAAGCUCUUCAGUGAUAAAAAUUUUUGAAGGGGUUUGGGAAUUUAUAUCACAUGGUGAUUAUAGAGAAAAAAGAAACUAUACCUCAAAAUUAUGUGCCUCUUUAUAUCUCACAUUAUUAAUGAAGUAGGGUUUAUUUAUAUAAUGGUUUAGAAAUGUCAUUUUACACUGCUGUAUUCUUUUUCUUCUCUGUGUCCCUAAGACCUGGUGUAGUGUUAAACACAUAGUGGGUAUCCAAUAAAUAUUUGUUGAAUGAAUGUAUGAAUAUGUACUCAGUAUAUUUUAAAUGAAUAAUUUCAGAGCUAAGUUUAACAAUAUGUUGUAUUUCCCUUUCCCCCCUUCAUUUGAAUAGGGUAGGAAAAGAAAGACAUUAACUUACUAGUUAAAUCAAUAUUCUUGGAGACUCAAAGGACUAUGAAAUAAUUACCAUAUAUGAAAGUUUAAGGACAUUUGUAGUGCUCUGAAAAUGUGGUAGAUGGAUUUAAAUGGUAAUUUGUCUGUAUACCUCUCUCAUGCCCCUGCCCUUUUUUAACAGCCAAAAAUUUUUUUGAAAUAAAUUCCUAUCUUCACUUUGUCACCUUCCACUUGCUCUUUAACUAAAAUUGGGCUUUUGGCUCUGUAGUUCUUAACAAUUUCUUCCUUUGAAGUCUAAACACCCAGUUCUAAAUCCACAGUUCAGGUCAAAAGGCAUUUCUUAUUUGACUUUAUUUUUUAUGCAUUUGACACUGUUGACAACCCCUUCUUUAAAAAUCCCCUUUUAAACCUCUGAUUUCCUUAUAUUUCACUUAAUCCUGGAUGCCUUUCUUUUACCUGAUUUAAUUUAUACUCCUCAGGCUCUCAUUCUUGCUCUCUUAAUCACCACCACUUCUCACUUUUGGGUAAUUCCAAUUCAGUGAUUUCUAAAUCCUUUAUCUUUAGCCCAGACUUCUCCAUCCGUCUACGACGUAUCUUCACUUGGUUGUCUUAAAGCAUUCAUUCUCCCCCAAGCCUAUUCUUAUACCUAUGUUCCUUACUCUGGUUAAAUUCAGAACCAUUAUCAUCUAAAUUCUCUAGGCUCACUCCUUUCCUCCAUCUUACCCCUAUCCAGUCAGUGUCUAAGUGCUAUGGAUUUUAUCUCCAGAUCUCUGAUACAUCACUGUCUUUUCAUUUUAAUUGAUCGCUCUUACCUAAAGUACUACACUAACCUGUCUGAUACCUAGCCUGUUUUUUCUGUUUUGUUCCACGAUGCUACUAGAGUGGGUUUUCUAGAAGCACUCUAACAAGGUUCUCUGAUGUGUGUCUCCCAGUCCCACGUCCCCCACCACCCACGUUCUGAUAAAAUGGACUUAGAGUUCUUCAAAUGCACCAUGGUCAGUCCCCUACACCUUGGUGCAUGCUGUUCUCUUUGCAUCAAUUGCCCUAGCUAUCCUUCCCCACCUGGAAAAUUUCUGUGUCCCUGCAGGCCCCCAUAAAGCAUCACCUCUGUGAAAUCUCUCGUUUCAUCCCAGGAGGACCAUAAGUAACUUCCUUUGUGUUACCACUGUAAUUACAACCUACCUCUAUUGUGGCACUUAUUGUACUGUAUUAUUUUUGUUUUUUAAAGCCUCCUCUACUAGAAUGUGAGCUCCUUAAGGGCAGGAAAAGGAACUUGAUCCAUUUUUGCAUCUCUAUAGCAUAGUUUUUGGCAUAUGAACACUUAAUAAAUGAAUGUUUGUUGAAUAAAUUGCUUUUAAAAUAAUAA